AUGAAGCUGAACGCCGACGAAUGGCCGCAUGUGUUGCCCCUCGUUCAAGGCGCACUCAACCAUCAGCCGGCGGACCGGCUGGGAGGAAUUGCGCCUGUGACAGCGUUUACCGGCCUGCUAGCCAAGACCCCGCUGGCAGGAUUUGUCCACCCGACGUCCAAGGAAGUUUACGUCGCGGACUGGCUUGGCGCCGCCCGUCAGAAACAUGUGACGGACCUUCAAUUGGCGCUAAAAGAAAUGCACCGCCACGUGGCGGUGCGAAGCGAGAAGUUGCGUCAGCAAGCGCGCGGACGCCGAGACCGAAAGUCCCAAGUCAAGUUUGUGGGCUUUUCGGUCGGCGAUUUUGUGCUCGUCGGAUCGGUCGUCAACAGUCCGACAAAAUUGGCUCUGCAUUGGCGAGGACCCUACCAAGUGACCAGAGUCAUCACAGACCAUGUGAAGGAGACUCAGCAGCUGGUGCCACCGUAUGAAGUCACGGUCCAUCAUGCGUGCCGACUCAAGAUGUACCACGAAGGUGGUAGAGAGGUGACCGAAGACCUCGAGGAGCAGAUCGCGUUUGGCGAUGGCGGAUUUCAUGUCGAGCGCCUGGACGAAGCGCGCUGUGUGGAUGGCCAACACCAAGUUUUGGUGAAGUGGCUUGGACUUGACGAUGAAGAAUCGUCUUGGGAACCUGCAGCGAAUUUGCUGGACGACAUUCCAGUUGUAUUUCGCAAGUGGGCGGCGGCGAACAAGAAGGACCCUGCCGUGGCCGCCCUCAUCAAGACACUUGACUUCCCGUAA